AUGUGGAAGUUAACUGGUCUUCGAUUAAUACGUCUUCCUCAAUUAAUACUUCCACAACAUCAUAUCAAAUCUAUAUUAUUUACUCGAAAUCCAUCCAUUGUAUUGAUACCUAAUUAUGUUCAUAUCCAUUCAGAUACAUCGUCUUCAUUACCUGUACUCAUAAUUGGAGGUGGUAUAGCUGGUUUGACACUAGCUCGAGCGUGUACAAUAGCGAAAAUUCCAUUCAAAUUGUUUGAACAAUCAACUCAACUACAGUCAGAUAAACGUGCAGGUACUGGAAUUGGAUUAUGGGGACCUGCAUUACGAGCAUUAUAUACACUAGGAAUUACAGAUAAACUUUAUUCAAAAGGUCAAUUAAUGAUAUGUGCCGGAUACAGAGACUCACAUACCGGUAAUUGGUUAGCCAAGCCACAUCCAUUAAUCAAUUCGUUCACUUCUUGUCUGUGUUUACUACGCGGUGAUCUACAAUCAGCAUUAUUGGAUAGUUUAGAUCCUGAACAUAUACAUACAAAUCAUAAAUUCAAAUCUAUCAAUCUCAAAAGUAAAUCGGUAAUAAUAACGUUCGAAAAUGGUUUAAAUUAUUCUGGUAGUUUAGUUGUUGCAGCUGAUGGAAUUAAUUCAGCAGUUAGAAAUAAGCUCAAAUUUGAAAUACAACCUGUCUAUUGUGGAUACAGUUAUUGGAGAUGCAUAAUAAAUUAUCGAUCUAUUGAACCUUCCUUGAGUUUCAGUCAGUCUGAUCCAACAACUGCAUUUGAAAGUUGGGGACCAGGUGCUAGAUUUGCUUAUGUACCUUUACAACCGCCUAAUGCAUUUUGGUUUGUCUCAGAAAAAAUGACAAAUCCGACAUUAAAAUCAAAUGAAUUAACUAAAUUUGAAUUGAAAACUAAAUUUUGUAAUUGGCAUGCUCCCAUACCAGAUAUAAUAGGAGCUACUGAUUCUAAUGAAUUGUUGUACACACCUAUUUAUAGAAUUGAAUUUCCAUGGAAACAGUGGGCAGAUGUACGUUCGCGUGUUGUAUAUAUCGGUGAUUCUGCUCAUGCAAUUCCUCCUAAUUUAGCAUCAGGAGGUAUGUUAGCUAUUCAAGACUCAUUACAGUUAGCGUCUGAAUUACGAACUGUGUACGCAGUACAUGAAGCAAAUCAUAUAAAAUUCGACUCAGCUCUAGAACAAUAUGUGCAAAAACGUAAAUAUCAUAUAAAACUGGUUCAGUUAGCUAGCCAUGCAAUUGCAGCAAUAGGUCAAAUAUCAAAUACAACACUUAUUUAUCUGAGAAACUUUAUUAUUCAAGCUAUUCCAUUCACUAUUCGAUCUUCUAUAUUUAAUCGGUUACAUCGAGUAGCACUCGGAUGGAAUUAUACCGUGCCUAAUUUAGGACAGGGUCUGUAUGCUCGAGCGUUAGGAUGUUCUGAAUUCGAGAAAUUACCUGAAUUAUUACAAUUAUUUCAUUGUGAGCAAACUGAAGUUAGAACACAUGAAUGUAAAGGUACGGCAACUGUUAAACGAGGACCUAGUUGGCUUUCACGCAUAUUAGCUGGCGUUGGUGGUGCACCUCCUCCAGCACAGAAUGCUGAGGUAUCAGUCACCAUUCAGCAGCAUGCCGAUGGUUCAGAAACGUGGACUCGCUACUUCUAUUAUCUACAUCCUAAUCGCAUCCAUAAAUUUGAAACAAUACAAUUUCUAGAAAACGAUCAUCUAAUUGAAACAAUAGGUCAUUCUAUAUUACCAAUCAAAAUGCAAUUUUUAUUCCACUUAAAAUCGAUUCCUGCCGGCUUUCAACAUCAACUGAAAUCAUGUAGAUUAAGUAUAUAUAAUUCAUCAUUCUUUUCUAUUACUAUUCCGCGAUUUCUGCUACCUUCUGUUACGGGUAUUACUGAAAUUACAGAAUCAGGUAAAUCAUGGAAGUUUGAUGUAACUGUAUCAGCUCCAGUGAAUAAAUUGACACGCUGGUUAAUGAAUGAUAUGAAUUGUUAUAUAGGAGGAUAUAGUGGUGAAAUUCAGACAUUCUCUAAACCGAACAUAACUCAAGCAUUCAGUAUCAAACAAAACAAUCACAGCUCCUUAAAAACAGGUAGUAGUGCAGGGCAAUUUUAUACACAAGUUCGAUCUUAUUGCACAAAUACAUACCAACCAUAUUCACAUUCUGCAGCAUCAUACCCCUGUUUACCGGUCAAUCUAGGCUAUACAGCCAAAAUACUAGUACUAGGCGGCUAUGGAUUGUUUGGAGCUAGAAUAGCAAGUCAGCUAUUAGCGAAAGGUUACACCGUUUGGAUAGCAGGUCGACAUCAUUCAGAAGAGAUUAAAUUAGAAAUUUUGCAGCAAGCAAAUAAACACGUUGUUGAGCAGGAUCAAUUAAUAGACAAAAGGUUAUAUUCAAUAUUAUUUGAUCUACAUGCUACAGAUCAACUGCAAGAACAGUUACUGAAAUUGAAACCUUCAAUAGUUAUUAAUUGUGCGGGACCUUUUCAAUGUCAAAAUUAUCAUGUGGCUGAAACGUGUGUACAGCAUAAAAUUCAUUAUAUUGAUUUAGCAGAUUCGCGAGCAUUUGUAACUACAUUUCCACAUAAAUUACAUCAACAAGCACUUCAAUCGAAUGUUACUCUAAUUAGUGGCGCCUCGACAGUUCCAGGACUCAGUUCAACAGUUUGUUUGGAAUUAUCAAAACAGUAUUUGUCAAAAGUUGAAAUGAUUAAUAUAGGUAUUUCACCAGGCAAUCAUACUCGUCGAGGAUUAGGAACUAUUCAAUCGAUUCUCAGUUCCACAGGCAAACCAUUCAAGUGGUUAAUCAAUGAUCAGAUGACAACCAUUUAUGGAUGGCAAGCAUUGAAUUUAUCUUAUUUAUUUGACUCUAAACUUCAUUUGCGCUGGUUAAGUGCAGUAGAUGUUCCUGACUUAGAAUUACUACCCAAGUUAUUUCCUAGUGCUCAUACUAUUACAUUUCGAGCUGGACUCGAAUUAUCUAUAAUACAUUUGGGUUUGUGGGCAUUGAGUUGGUUAGUAAGGAUAGGAUUAGUUUCUGAUUUAUCUAAGUAUGCUGAGAUACUCAAAACUAUUUCAGAGUGGAACUGGUUUAGAAAUGCUGGAACUGAUGUUGGAGGAAUGUUUGUGCAAAUACAAGGAAUUGGGAAAGAUCUUAAUAGUAAACUGACUAUUACCUGGCAAUUAUAUGCUGGUAGCGGCGACGGACCACAGAUUCCUGCAACAGCUGCAGUCAUCUUAGUCGAUAAAUUAAUGCAUAACAAUCCAAUGAGUCCACUUCAUCAUGGAGCACACAGCUGUGUAGGAUUAUUUACAAUAUCUGAAUUUAUGGCUGAGUUGAAACAUUUUGAUAUUCAUUGUAGAGUAUUUAUACAAUGA